AUCGCAGGCUGGCUUCCACAUAUAGCCUCGCUGAGACCUUGUCCGCCUCGCAAGGACGCGCGCAGCCCCUGUACGAAAAACCUCCCGCCAUUUUUAAACGAACGCGACCGCGGAAAGUCAUCUCUAGAAUAAUUACUGGCAAUAAAACGAUUGCUAACAUCGAAAAUGAAUUAGAGAUUCAAAAAGUGGUUGAUCAGUUAGUGUUCCAUUUUUAAAUUUUGAAAGUGCUUUAGCUUUUUACAGCUUUUUUCAGGUUGGUGGGCGGUGUUUAAACAUGCUACGUGUGUUAUAAGAAUAUUAAAAAUACAGCAAGAAUGAACCAAAUAAUAAUAAGUUACUGUUUGCCAGUUAUACUACUUAUCUCCAUCAUCGACGCAUAUAAUAUAAGUAAUGAUGGUGAAAUGAGACAACCCAGAGGUAGUGGAAGAUUUGUUAAACUUUAUUCAGGAGUUCGACCAGACCCAAUCGUAUGUACCGAUGAGGGUUUCAAGGGAGAUCCAAACGAUUGUGCCGUUUUCUAUAGAUGUACAAAGUCUGGAAGAGGAAAAUAUAUAUCUUAUGGGUUUCGGUGCCCUCCUGGUACUGUUUAUGAUCCUGAUACAGAAGUUUGCAAUCAUCCACAAAACACAAAGCGUUCUGAAUGUGGUGGAAUAAAACAAGUUACUUCACCGCAUUACGAAGUUAAUGUUAUCAAUGAAGUACAAGAAGUUCCUUCUCCUAUUAGUACUGUUGUUCCUGUUUAUACCCCACUAACAACAGUAAAAGUAUCACUGGCACCAGCCCACCCAACAAUUAGUCAAAAACCAACGACAAUUAAAUGGCAAAGUUCGACAUCCACAACCAUUCGCCCCAUUUCUACAGGGCCUAAAGAAAUAACUGCAUACCCUUGGAUUUCAACAUCUGCAAAUAACCUUCAAGUCACAUCAUCUUCAUUUCCUAAUAGUCAACAGAAUACUCAUGAGGAUAUAUGUACCACCGAUGGUUUCAUGGGAGAUAGUGUCAAUUGUCACAAAUUUUAUAGAUGUGUUGGUAACCAACGAAGUGGAUUCACUAAAUUUGAAUUUUCAUGCAGUGAACCAACAAUAUGGGAUGAUGACAUACAAUCUUGUAAUCACCCAUGGGCUGUCAAAAGAAGUAGAUGUGGAAGAAGUAAUACUCAGAAUCAUAACAUGCAUGGUUCUAUUGGGUCUAACACAAUUCUCGGAGCGUCAACGGCUAAUGUGAAUGCAAUGGUAAAUAGCACAGUGAGUUCUCCUAAGGAAUCUGAUAAGACUAUUCAAAAUCAGUUACAAAUUUCCUACGGCACUAAAGUACAUCAAAGUCAAACGCAAAUUAGUAAUAAUCCUAUAAUACAGAAUCAAACACAAAUAAACUAUGGUGAUCGAUUAAAUAAGAGCGAUAAGGAUAACAAUAAACAAAACCAAAAUCAAAUAAGCUAUGGGGCCGCUGUUAGCCAAUCACAAACUCAGAUUAGUUAUGGCAAUGAAGUUGUACAGACACAAGUUCAAAUUGAUCAUUCGAAACAAUCAAGUCAAUCACAGGUUCAAAUAACCGAAUCAACAACACCGACAACUAAAUCAACUAAAACUCAAGGUCAAAAAGUCACCGAAAAUAAGCCAAACGUGAAUAAUACGUGCUCACAAAGUGGUUUUAUGGCUGAUUCAAAUGAUUGUAAGAAGUUCUAUAGAUGCGUUGACAAUGGUAGAGGAGGUUUUAUUCGACAUGACUUCUCAUGUGGUGAAGGUACGUUAUGGGACCAAUCCAUAGAAAGCUGCAAUCAUGCAUGGGCUGUUAAAGAAUGCGGAAGUAUGUCUUCUCGUCCUAUUAGUCAGGAAACAACUACUAUUUUAUCGCCUUUGUCGACUACAUAUACUUAUUCUACAACAACCAAUAAAUCUAUUGAAAUUUAUAGUUCUUCCACUACUGAAGUAACUCAGCCUGAAGACUUUGAUGAUACUGGUUAUAAUAACAAUCACGUUACUUCAUCGUCCGUAAGUGUAACGAAACCUACAACAGAAAUAAUACACCAUGUUGAUACUGAAUGCGUAUCGAGUGGUUUUGUAGGCGAUGCUAAAGAUUGUCAAAUAUUUUAUAGUUGCGUUGAAAAUGGUAAGGGCGGUUACACAAAGUAUACAUUUAAAUGCAAUGAGGGCACGUUAUGGGACGCUGAUAUUGGUGCGUGUAAUCAUGCAUGGGCUGUUAAACGAUGUGGUGGAAAUGUGCAAUCAACUAGUAUUGAAACUACUUCCAUAAAACCCACCACAACAACUUCAAAACUAACAACUAGUCUCUAUACCACUUCUUCAGAAAGUUAUUUAACAACGAAAUACAACGAUUUUGAUACGGGUUAUGGUAUUCAUAACGAGCCAUCAUCACCAUCAACGACAAAAUCGACAGUACCUCCACGGGAUCAAAAUGUCGGAAAUGAAUGCCAAUCUAAUGGCUUUAUGGGGGAUAAUAAUGAUUGCAAGAAGUUUUAUAGAUGUGUUGAUAAUGGGAAUGGAACUUAUAUUCGUUACGAAUUUACUUGUGGCGAUGGAACUGCAUGGGAUUCUAAAAUUGAAGGUUGUAAUCAUGCGUGGGCAGUCAAUUGUAAAGACAAUGGUAUUUCAAUUAGUACAACUAGUACUACUGAGGCAACAACUCAAAAGAAACCUGUAAUUAUUGACGAGGAAAAUGAAGGUGGGUAUAAUAUGCCAGAAAGUGACAACGACAUUAGUUUAUCUACUCAAAAAUCAACAUCUACUAUGAAAAUAACAGUUUCUGAUAUAAAUAGUAGUACUUGUAAAAAAAGUGGAUUUAUUGGUGAUACAUCAGAUUGUAAAAGAUUUUAUAGAUGUGUAGAUAAAGGAGAUGGGUCGUUUAUUCGAUAUGAGUUUACUUGUAGUGAAGGAACUGUUUGGGAUCAGAAAAUAGAAGCAUGUAACCAUGCAGGGGCAGUAGAAAGAUGCGGCGGUUAUUACGAGGAUGACCAUGGUAUAGCAACAACCUCUGCAUACAACGUAACCAUGAGUGAGGAAAAACCAGUACACGGAUAUCCUACACCAGGAUACCCUGAAAACGAAGAUGGGUAUAGUAAAACUACUCAAACAACGACAACUAUAACAUCAACCCCAAUCACAUCCUCUUAUUGUAAAAAAGAUGGAUUCAUUGGAGACGAAAGUGAUUGUAAAAUAUUUUAUAGAUGUGUUAAUGAUGGUAAAGGUGGUUUUAUCAAGUACGAAUAUAAAUGCGGUGAAGGUACGGUUUGGGAUCAGAGUAUAGAAGCAUGUAACCAUGCAUGGGCCGUUAAAGAGUGUGGAGUUAGAAAUGAGACUAUACAUGAUAUUAAUGACAGUACUUCAGAAACCAUGCCAAUUACUUCAUCGGAACAUGUUUCCUCCUCAACAGAAAAAGCAACAACUACAACUGAUAGCGCCUAUGAUAAUGCAAUUUCUGACAACUGUGAAAAGGAAGGAUUUAUUAAUGAUAAAAAAGACUGUAAAAAAUUCUAUAGGUGUGUAAAUAAUGGACACGGAGGGUACAAUAAAUAUGAGUUCACUUGUGGAGAAGGGACUUACUGGAAUCAAAUUAUCCAAGCUUGUGACCAUGCUUCCUCAGAAAACCCUUGCAAAGGACAUGGAAAUUCUAUUGUCACUAAAGAACCGCAACACGUAAACGACGAGCAGGAAACUACCACAAAACUUACUGUUACAUUGACAAGUACAAGUCUGGGAGUUACACCUGACUCCUCAACUAAAACACCUCAAAGCAUCGGGGUGGUGUGUCGCUCAGAAGGAUUUUUCGGAGAUUUACGUGACUGUCAAAAGUUUUAUCGCUGUGUAAAUGAUGGUAAAGGGGGAUAUAACAAGUAUGAAUUCACUUGUGGCGAAGGUACUAUUUGGGAUCAAGAACAAACAACGUGUGUGCAUAAAGCAGAAAGCAACAAUUGUUCAUCGAGUUUUACCGAAGAUUCUAGUCAACCUGAUAAGUCACAAGAAAAUGAUAAUUUAUAUACUACCACAUCGACUAAGCAACCUCACCAAACAUCUACUCAAAAAGAAAAUACAUCACAACAAACAUCUACAGAAAAUAUUUUACCAGGAUCUUAUGAAUGUAUGUCAGAAGGAUUUCAUGCCAAUCCUCAAGACUGCAGGAAAUUUAUUCGAUGUGUUGAUAAUGGUAAAGGAACAUUUACAAAAUAUGACUUUUCUUGUGGAGAAGGUACAGUUUGGGUACAAAAAUUGUUGGCUUGCGACCAUGAUGAUGGAUCUUCUUUUUGUCACGCGCAAAGUGAAUGGACUACGAAGUCCCAAAUAAUUACGGAAAUAACCACUCAACCAAACACUGCAUCAAGUGCUACUACGACUCACAUUCAAACUACAAAUAAAAAUGAUGACAAUUAUCACACUGAAAACACUAAGGCACCUCAAAUAAUUAAUGAAGAUUGCCAAUCUGAAGGAUUUUAUGCUGAUAAAGAUGAUUGCAAAAAAUAUUAUCGAUGUGUACCAAAUAAUGGUGGGUACACGAAGAACGAAUUUAUUUGUGGAGAUAAAACAGCUUGGGAUACAAACUUACAAACUUGUAAUCAUGAUAGCUUUGUUAAUAGGUGUCAAGGAUCUUACCAACCUAAUAAUCAAACAGAACCUGUGAUACAUGACGAAAUAUCUGAAACAGCGGAAAGCAGUACUACUAGUACAACGCAAUCGUCAACUACAGAAUCCAAGGAUACGGAAAAUGGGGCAAGUAAAGAUACCUGUAAAAAUGAAGGCUUUUUCGGAAACACGAAGUUCUGUAACAAAUUUUAUAGAUGUGUCGAUAACGGUGAAGGUGGUUUUACAAAAUAUGAUUUCAAUUGUGGCGAAGGUACUCUAUGGGAUCAAGAUUUGCUUACGUGUAAUCAUCCUCAUGACGUUGUUAAUCCUUCGUGUACCGAAGGUCAUGGUGAAACAACGGAAAGCACAACUACAACUUCUGGAACGACUUCUACUUCUACAUCAGUAACACAGAACACUCAAUCAACAACGACAGCAAGUUCUAGUAGUACAACAACGACACUGGCUUCUGGAAGCACAGCGAGUUCAACGGAAAGUUCCACUAAUUGCACCCAAGAAGAAACUUCAAAAAAACCUGGUAACAAAAAUGUUACAUGUGAUAAAGCAGGGUACUACCCUGAUCCAAGUGAUUGUAAAAAAUUCUAUAGAUGUGUUGACUGGGACGGCAAAGGUGAAAAAUUCUCUGUCUACUUUUUCGAAUGUGGUGAAGGUACUAUUUGGGAUCCAGCAUUAGAUACAUGUAAUCAUGAAGAAUCAGUUUAUCCUCCACGAGAUUGCAGUAAUCAGCAACCGCAAAAUACUACCGAGUCAACCACUAUUACAAAUGAAAACACCACUACUCAACAAUCUACCACAAAUGAACCAACAACAACUCAGCAAUCGACUACAAGUGAACAAACGACGACUCAACAAUCGACUACAAGUGAACAAACGACAACUCAACAAUCGACUACUAGUGAACAGACGACAACUCAACAAUCGACUACAAGUGAACAAACGACAGCUCAACCAUCGACUACUAGUGAACAGACGACAACUCAACAAGCGACUACUAGUGCACAAACAACAACUCAACAAUCGACUACAAGUGAACAAACGACGACUCAACAAUCGACUACUAGUGAACAGACAACAACUCAACAAUCUACUACUGGUGAACAGACAACAACUCAACAAUCUACUACUAGUGAACAGACGACAACUCAACAAUCUACUACAAGUGAGCAAACGACAACGCAACAAUACACCACUGAAGAGUCUACAACAAUAGGGAGUACGAUUCAACAAUCUACUACUGAAAGUGAAGGAACGACAGAGUCAACAAAUUCUAGUACAACAACAGACUCGACAACAACUUUAACAACCGAUGAAUCAACAACUGGAUCUACCACAACUGAGUCAUCAGUACAAACUACAACGACUGAAAAUCAGACAGAAACAACAACUGUAAAUAAUUCCAAUUCAUCUUCAUGUCCAGAUACUGAUGACGGCCAAUAUUUAUUCGUGUGUCCAACAUCUUUUAGAAGACAUCCCAAAUAUUGUAAUCUAUUUUAUCAAUGCACUGAAGAUGACGAUAGUCACGAAGUAAAGGUCGCGGUAUUUAAUUGUCCCAAUAACACAAUUUAUGACGAAAGUAAAAUACAAUGUGUGGAAGAAUAUAAGGCUGAAAAGAAAUGCGAUGGUGAAAUUGCUUCAAGACGUCGAGUUAAACGAUUAGGUGCAAACUACAAAGAACCCAUCGUGGUAACAAAAGAUUCACAAAAAUGUUCAACUAUUGGGCAUAUGCCUUUCGAAAAGAACAGUGAAUGCUCUCCCGCAUUCCUUAAAUGUGAAAAAUCUAGAUCUGGUACAUUACGAGGCUUUGUACAUCGGUGUCCCCAAAACUACUUGUACUGGUCCAUAAGUAGAAGAUGUGAACGAGAAGAAGUCAUAAGAGACUGCAAACGUACCAUCAAUAACUGGAGUGGUAGAUGGGAAAUACCAAUAGAUAGACAUAACGUUGCUUGGUAAAGAACGUAUUAUAAAUAUUUUAGUAAUAUGUGUGAUUAUUAAAUGAAAAGUGCCUUGUGAUAGUUUGUAAGUAUUUGUGCAAUGAUGUUUAAGUAGGAUAAGAACUUAAGUUUAUGAAUGUACAUAUUAUACCUUUACUAUAAUAUUUUUAAGCAUAAUGAUGUCUUUGUAAAAAUAUCAGAUUAAUUCACGCAAAUAAUGAAAUAUGAAGAGAUAGGACAGUGUUCGAAAACAUAAAACCUAAUUUACAUCUAGUCUCAAAGAUAUUGUGAGCGAAAAUCUGAUAUUCCAUGAAGUUACUUGUGAUCAAAAUAUUGUUUGCAAACGACAAUAUUUUGAGCACGAUUUUUCAAUACUAGAAUUGAUAAGUUUCAAGCAAUAAAUUAUUUGAGAGCA